AAAAAAUGUCCACUCGCUACCACCAAGCUGCUAGUGAUAGCUACCUGGAACUUCUGAAAGAGGCUACCAAGAGAGAUCUGAAUCUUUCUGAUGAAGAUGGCAUGACUCCCACACUCCUGGCAGCCUACCACGGGAACCUGGAAGCCCUAGAAAUAAUCUGCAGCAGAGGAGGGGAUCCUGAUAGAUGUGACAUCUGGGGAAAUACUCCUUUACAUUAUGCAGCCUCCAAUGGUCAUGCCCACUGUGUCUCAUUUCUGAUCAACUUUGGUGCCAACAUCUUUGCCCUGGACAACGAUUUACAGUCUCCACUGGAUGCUGCUGCCAGCAGAGAGCAGAAUGAAUGUGUUGGUCUCUUGGAUAAGGCUGCCACUGCCCAGAACAUCAUGAACCCCAAGAAGGUCACCAGGCUGAAGGAGCAGGCUCAGAAGAAUGCCAGGAGGCAGAUCAAAGAGUGUGAGAGGCUCCAGGAGAAGCACCAAAAUAAGAUGGCCCGCACCUACAACAAGGAGGAAUCUGGGACUCUUUCUUCUUCCAAGGGCACUUUCUCCAGGUCAUCCCUUUCAAAUGCUUCUGCUUCCAACACAUUUGGGUCACUGUCUAAGGGCAUUAAAGACACCUUUAAAAUAAAGUUCAAGAAGAACAAAGACACAGCAGAGCCAUUAGGGAAGGGGAGAACAAGUGGGCAGAAGAAUGUGAUGGAAGUGUUCAGAGAGGAGCAGGAGGAGGAGGAGGAGGAGGAAGAUCACUUCUCAGGGGACUUCAGAGAGAAGCUCCAGUUCUCAGUAAAGGGGGACAGCUUUGUGCAACACGAAUCCAUUCUCAACCGUCCAGGUCUAGGAAAUGUUGUUUUUAGAAGGGACAGAAUAUUGAGCCCUGAAGAUAUCUCAGACAGCAAGAGGGCGUUGGGGUUUAAAAUGCCCAGUGAAUUGCUUCAGAGACAAGGAGGAGCUGAGGCUGAUGAAGAGGGAGCAGAAAACAACUGUGAAGAUGAUCUGCCUUGGGAUGAGGAUGAAGUGGAAUGGGAGGAAGAUGUGGGUGAUGCUACUCCCCUGGAAGUGUUCUUGCAGUCCCACUACCUGGAAGAAUUCCUUCCCAUUUUCAUGAGAGAGCAGAUUGAUCUGGAAGCUCUGCUGCUUUGCUCUGAUGAGGACCUUCAGAGCAUACACAUGCAGCUGGGUCCCAGGAAGAAAGUCCUUAAUGCCAUAAACAGAAGGAAGCAGGUGCUACAACAGCCUGGGCAGUUGGUCGACACCAGCCUCUGAUGGAGUGUUGGGUCAACUGGGUGAGUCUGCAGCAGUGGGGUGAUGCUGUGGCCCACUGGAAACAUUUCAGGCAUUACCCACUCUCUACCCAAUACCAGACUACUGGGUUUCUAGGGUUUUGGAGGUGUCCAUCUAAGAGGCCCAAAUUCUACUCUGAGAAAUACUCUAUACCUGUCCACAUAAACCGCUAAUGAGAAACUCAAGGAGACCUGGGAAUAAGAAAAUGGCAUUUCUCUUCAAUUAUCUUUUUGAUAUUUUUGAAUACAGAAAGGAUGAAAUGGAUGACAGAGAAGGGAAAAAACUUUCUUCACUUUCCUAACUCUGGACUUAAAAUUAUAAUCUCUCAUCACAUUAGCUGCUGCUUAAUUUCUCAUCCUCAUAGUCUAGGGAUUCUAACUCCAGUUCUGUCCUUAGCUCUAUGACUUUACCUGUUGGUGGAGACUAAAGUUCCUCCAUUGGCCUGUGGCAUGAUGCCCAACUUAAAUGUGUCUAACCCUUCAACAGAUGUUUACAUGUUUACAAGUAAUAGAAAUGGGUCUAUAGUACUCCUGCCUGGGAACAGAGAGAAGAUGGCAGGUAGAGAGAGAGAAGAAAGAAACAGAAUGUAUGGUACCUGUAUGGACUGAAUUUUGUCCCUCCAAAAUUCUUAUGUUGAAACCGUAAUCCCUAAUGUGACUGUAUUUGAAGAUAAGACCUUUAUUAAAGAGCUGAUUAACGUUAAAUGAGGUCAUAAAGGUGAGGCCCUAAUUCCAUAUGACUGUUGUCCUUUGAAGAGGUAGAGACACUGGAGAUGUGCACACACACAGAAUAGGCUAUGUGAAGACACAGCAAGAAGACAGCCAUCUGAAAGCCAAGAAGGAAAGCCUCAGGAGAAAUCAAACCUUCUAUCACCUUGAUCUUGGACUUCCAGCCUCCAGAGCUAUAAGAAAAUAAAUUUCUGUUGUUUAAGCCACCCAGUCUGUGGUAUUUUGUUACAGCAGCCCUAGUAGACUAAUACAGUGCUUAAGCAAGAGAGUCAGGGAGGAGAGAAAGAAGGAUACAGAAAAGAACUCUGGCUUGUUAGAUGAUCUUUCCUAAGGGUAAGUGCCUCCUGAAAUGUAAAAAAAAAGGAAAAAGAAAUCUAGGUUC